GGGGAUCCUUCCCUMCGUCUGUUUCCCCGCGGGCCGGGGGAGUUUGGUGCACCGGCGGCUCUGGCCGGGAGCAGGCAAAGGCCGCAGCCAUGCUGCCCUCCUUCAGUUACCUGACGGAGCACACCGGCUUUCGCGGCACUAUCAAAAACUCUCCGAGGGACUUCGUAGUGACAGAGCUCGAGGUGCCCCAGCUCUUCCUGAGGGACACCCGGGCUGAAGUGCCCCAGAAGACCAGCGAAGCGCUGCCGGGGCAGAGCAGCCCGUGCCCGCGGCAGCCCAAAAAGCGGAGGACGGAGCCCCCAGGCCCGGGUGCCGCUGAGUGCCCCUGGGGUGCUGCGCCCGGGCCCGCGGGGUGCGGCCCAGGCCGGGCGGGAGGCGGCUGUGCUGCUUCCCCUGACAAAAGUGGGCCUGAGSGAGACUCCGAGCUGCGGUCUUCCGGCCUCCGCGAAGCCCCUGUGUUGGAGUCCUUACUCGGCAAGCCCGUGAGCGAACGGCUCAGCAAAUUUGCCUGUGAUCUGAAGGAUGCGUGGGGCUUGGAAAACAGUGCGGAUGCUGGCAUUAAGGAGUUCUCGYUAGGACCUAGGCUGGACAAGAAAAUUCGAGCUGAUUUACACAGUGCUGUUAGGCAGAAAUUCCCCUUUCUAGUCACUCUUACAAAAGACAAUGAAAUGAUUGUAAAAGGAAAUCCUGAUUACAGAGAACUUUGUCGAUUAGUGACUGAAAAAGAAACAAGUGAUUUCUUUAAAUUUUUAGAUGCAAAGCUAGAAAAUUCUACGUUUUCCUUUGAGCCUGAUGGAAACAAAGAGCACAGAAAAAUAGUUCACCACUUUAUCAAUAGGAAAUUUGGAAAGCUUUUAGAAACAAAGUCUUUUACUGUGGCAGAUGUCAAUGAUCAGCCAAAUAUGUCAAUAAUGGUACGGUUUCGAGAAAAAAGUUGGUCCAGAAAAAGGUCUGCUCGUUGUUUUCAGGAGAAUCAAGAUGUUUAUACAGCUUUCACCCUUCAGAAAGAAAAUCUGGAAACACUAGAAGCAAUCGGCUUGUUGGCAGCUGAACUUGAUGUACUUCCUUCAGACUUCAGUUACACUGGCAUCAAAGAUAAGAAGGCUAUCACUUUGCAGCCUAUGGUUGUGAAGAAGGUGACUCCUGAGAGGUUGAAAGAAAUUGGAAACAAAAUGGAAAAAAAAGGCAUAAGAAUAUUCAACAUCCGUUCAGCAUACCAGCACCUCAGACUUGGUCAGCUGAAGGGCAAUCACUUCGACAUAGUUGUAAGAGAUCUCCGACACCACAAUCAUGACUGUUCUGCAGAUUUAAAGGGGAGAAUAUCUGAAGCAAUGCGAAACGUUGAGACAAAAGGUUUUGUAAAUUACUAUGGACCUCAGCGAUUUGGACAAGGACAAAUUGUUCAGACAGAUCAAAUAGGAUUGGCUUUACUCAAUGAAAAAAUGGUGAGAGCUGUGAAGUUGUUCUUCACACCCGAAGAUACUGAUGAUGCUGUAAACAAUGCAAAGAGAUACUUUCUUCAAACUGAAGAUGCGAAGGGCACACUUGGGAUGCUGCCAGAAUUUAAAGUAAGAGAGAAGAUGUUGCUACGAGCYUUAAAUCGCUAUGGUGUAAAUCACGAAGGUUGUACCAAAGGGUGGCUCAACAUUCCCCAUUCCUUGCGCAUAUUCUAUGUCCACGCUUAUUGCAGUAAAAUUUGGAAUGAAGCAGCAUCAUACAGGCUGAAGACUUAUGGCUCAAAAGUGGUUGAGGGUGAUCUUGUCUUUUUGGAAGAAAAUUAUGAAAGCAUUUCAAUGAAUGACAAGGUUCAUGUAGUCACUGCUUCAGAAGAAUCAGCUAACAAAUAUUCUAUAUACCAAGUGGUUCUUCCAAUGGUGGGACAUAGUAUCAAGUAUCCCAGUAAUAAAGUUGGACAAUGGUACCGUGAAAGACUCUCUAAAGAUGAGCUGGACUUGUGCAAAUUCAGGGUGUCUCCAUUACAACUGAAUAUACCUGGAUGCUACAGACUUAUUUUGAAAAAUGUUCAGAAUCUCUCAUAUUUUUUGGAGGGUUUUGAAGAAGGGAUCAAAAUUGAGGACAACCUUCUGAAUGAUUUAAAAUUAUCUCUUCAUGUGUCAUUUGACCUUGAUUCUUCAUGUUAUGCAACAGUCUGUCUGAGAGAAAUAAUGAAAUGUGACUUUUAAGAUUCCACUUAAUGAAAAAUUGCAGUAGUAUUGUACAAUGUGAUAUUUCACAUGUACUGCCAAGAACAGAGGAGAGAAUAACAGGUUCAAGCCAUGAACAGGAAAAAUCUGUAGAUUGAGAUUACAGAUUAGGUAAAAAAAGCUCAACAAAAUCCUUUAGAAUGUUCCGAAAACAUUCCAAACUCUAUAUACAAAUCCUUGAAUGCACUGGAGUAAAAGUCCGUUACACCAGGCAGGUCUAACAGAACUUAAAGAAACCAUGGGCUGCAAGAUUGAAUCUCCUGUUUGCAUAGACAUCUGGCUGACAAAGUUAAGUCUUGGAAGAAUAUUUCAGCAAACAAAUGUAUCUUGUAAUGCAUAGUAAUUUUUUAAAAUGUUUUAUAUAAAACAUUUAUACUAUUUUCUUCUUUAUUAAAAAAAUAAAGUAGUUAACUGUGGUAAAAUGAGUGGAUUUGUG